AUGGGGCAUACGGACAAGUUCUGCUUAGCGGCUCGUCGGUCUUUAUUAACACCGGAGCAGUUUCCGUUUGGUCCAAGUCUGAGAGCGGGGGGUAAUAGUCCGGUAAAGGUGUUGGGCGAGAAGUGGUUUAAGUUGGGGCAAGAGAGGAGGAGGGAGAUUGGGUUUGGAGAAAGUGGUUCCGGGCAGCGUGGUAUGGCAGUGGGUGGUCAGGCAGUGGUUGCGGCUGGGGGUAGGGCAGUGGGGAUGGGUGUUGGCGGGCAGAAUGUUUCGGGUGAGGGUGGUGGAGGGCCGCCGGGGUUGGUGAGGGAGGAGGGGGUUGAGGGGGAGGAUGUGGGGGUAAGAGUGGAUCCUAAAAGACGGAGGACGGAGGGUGGAUUGGAGGGGGAUUUCAAUGACAUUCUUAUGCAGUCUGAGAAGAGGGGUAGGUUGCCGCAUCCUAAUGGUUUGUUGGAGGGGUUUGGGGAUGCACUGGAUGAUUGUGGGCUAAUAACUUUACCUAUGGUGGGAUAUCCAUUUACUUGGGAACGCUUCAAGGGGACAGUGGAUUGGGUGGAGGAAAGGGCGGUGGUGGAAGAUGAGUGGUCUGUUUCGGCCGAGAUGGGCCUCCAGGCUAGGCUUAAGUCGUGUGGCCGGGGGUUACGGAGAUGGGGGGGAGAGCGUCAUCAUAGGUUUGGGAAGCGGAUUGAGGAGAUAAGGAGGGAGAUGGGCACUUUACGGGGCAAGUUUGAUUCAGGCUCCUUGGCAUGUUUUAGGCUCUUGGAUGGCACUCUGAGCUCUGUUCUGGCUCAGGAGGAGGCUUUCUGGAAACAACGGGCUAAGCAGCACUGGUUACAGGGGGCUGAUUUGAACACAAAGUUUUUUCAUAAGUAUGCCUCACAUAGAAGGAAGAAGAACGACAUUGUGAAGCUGAAAGAUGAGGGGGGUGCCAGGCAUGAGGGUGGAAGUCUAGGGCCUUUUAAUCUUGACACAUUACAUGCCCGUGUUACACCGCAACAGAAUGAUGAUCUAUUACGUCCUUUUCAGCCGGAGGAGGUGCGAGCCGCUUUAUUUGCUAUGGGGAAGGACAAAUCACCGGGACCGGAUGGAAUGAAUCCGGGUUUCUAUCAAUCCUUCUGGAAUGUUGUUGGUAAGGAUGUCACUGACUUUGUUAUUGAUUGUCUGUCUCGUGCUUCUUUUCCCCUUGCUUUGAAUGAUGCCAAUAUUGUAUUGAUUCCAAAGAAGUGUAAUCCGGAGUCAGUGUCUGACCUUAGGCCUAUUGCGUUAUGUAAUGUUUUAUAUAAGAUAAUGGCCAAGAUGUUAGCUAACCAAAUGAAGCCGCUUCUUGAGGGUUUAAUUUCUGACUCACAUAGUGCCUUUCUCCCGGGUAGGCUAAUUUCGGACAAUAUUCUUAUUGCUUCCGAGGUUGGUCACUAUCUGAGAAGGAAGCAGUUGGGACAGGUCGGAUGGGCAGCCCUUAAGCUGGACAUGGCUAAGGCGUAUGACAGGAUGGAGUGGCCUUUUGUUUGGCAGAUGCUACUCGGGUUAGGUUUUGAUGAGAGGUGGGUGCAGUUGAUCAUGUUAUGUGUCCAGACAGUACGAUAUAGAGUCCUGGUGAAUGGUUCCCCAACUGAUGAGAUUUUACCUACGAGGGGUCUAAGGCAGGGUGACCCCCUUUCUCCUUAUCUUUUUAUUAUAUGUGCGGAGGGUUUAUCUUUGCUGUUACAGGAUUCUCAGGCUAAAGGCCUUAUUCAUGGCUGUAGGGUGGCCCGGGGGGCUCCUCCAAUAUCACACUUGUUCUUUGCAGAUUAUAGCCUCCUGUUCUUUAAGGCCAAUCUGAAGGAAUCCUUGGAGGUGAAGAGAUGUCUUGGUUAUUAUGAGGCUUACUCUGGGCAGGCGGUUAAUUUCAAUAAGUCAAGUGUCUCUUUCAGCCGUAACACUAGCGGAGAUGUCAGGGACCUUGUUGCUGAGACUUUGGGAGUAAGCCAUGCUGAGGAUUUUGGUAAGUAUCUGGGUCUGCCUUCGGUUAUUGGAAGAAAUAGGAAGGUGGUUUUUGCUUAUAUAGAACAAAAGUUGAAACAAAGGUUUGGUUCUUGGAACAAGCGUUUGUUAUCCAGGGCUGGUAAGGAGGUCUUAUUGAAGAGUGUAGCGCAGGCCAUGCCUACUUACACCAUGAGUAUCUUUUUGUUACCUCUAACUUUAUGUUCUUCUCUCGAAAGGUUAAUGAACAGAUACUGGUGGGGCCGAAAUGACAGGGAGGAUGGUAUCCAUUGGUAUGCCUGGGACAGAAUGUGUAAGCCUAAGCGGUAUGGUGGCAUGGGGUUUAAACGUUUGCAUCAGUUUAACUUGGCAUUGCUAGGUAAGCAGGGGUGGCGGAUGCUGACAUGCCCAGACUCUCUUGUAGCCCGGGUCUUUAAGGCAAGGUAUUAUCCUACUACUUCUUUCUUUGAUGCUGUGAUAGGGGGCAAUCCAAGUUAUGUCUGGCGGAGUAUAAUGGCUAGUCAGGAGCUGGUGAAAUCGGGGUGUAAGCGGCGUAUCGGUAAUGGCAGAUCCACGCAGGUCUGGUCCCAUCCUUGGCUGCCAGGUACUCAGGGGACUCUUGUACCCGCAAGCCAGUCUGGUAUAAGCCACAAUAUGUUGGUCUCGGAUCUUAUUGAUGUUGAUUUGUGCUCAUGGAAUAUUCCUUAUGUUCAACAAUUGUUUGAUCCGCAUGUUGCGUCUCAGAUAGUGCAGUUGCCAGUUAAUUUAUUGCAUGAUGAUGUGUGGUACUGGGAAGGAGAUUUACGGGGCUGCUAUUCGGUAAAGGAGGGUUAUAAGCGGCUUGGGGAAACCCAUGUACACGGCUCGGUGGUUUGGAAUGGAAUUUGGAGGCUAAACAUACCUCCUAAAUGGAAAAAUCUUAUGUGGAGAGCUCUUUCUAAUAUUUUGCCCACGCUUGAUAAUUUAAUUAAGAGACGAGUGGAUUUAAUGAAUAUUUGCCCUGCUUGUGGUUUGUUCGAAGAGAGUAUUAUGCAUAUUUUCUGUACCUGUGAAUAUGCUUCUCGUGUUUGGAUUGCUUCUCAGCUCCCGAAACCCCAGAUUAAUGGUUCUGAUUUUAUGCAUUGGGCAGAGUUAUGGCUGGGUGGUGCGGCUGGUUAUUCACGUGAAACACAGGGGAUGAUAUGCGGUCUCAUUCAUGAGUUGUGGAUGGCUAGGAACUCAGCUGUGUGGGAGGCGAAGUUACCUUCCCCUCAGGUGCUGUGCCGGGUCUUUGCAGCGAGAUGGGCUGCGUGGAGUGACUGUGUGGCGGAUAGUCUAACGCGGCAGCCAAGGCAAUUGCAGACACCUUCGGCUCAGGGAAUUACAUGCUGUGUGGAUGCUGGAUUUCACGGUCCUGGACAUGCCGCUGCUUUUGGCUUCAUUGUGAGGGAGAAUGGUGUUUUUGUAGCUGCGAUGAAUGGUCCGAUGGUGUGCCCUUACAACCCCCUUAUGGCAGAAACGAUGGCGGUGUGCGAAGCCCUAUCAUGGCUAAAGGAUAAUGGCUAUUCGAUGGUUAAAGUUUACAGCGACUCUUCAGUUCUUGUUUCAUGUCUAAGUAGAAGUAGCUCAUUUCGUUCCUAUGUUGGUUUUAGUUUGCUUUCAUGUUUUCGUUUACUUUCUUCUAUGCCUGGUUCUCAGAUUAGUUUUAUUUCUAGGGUCGCGAAUCAAGCGGCUCAUUCUUUAGCUAAGCAUGUAAGUGCUAGUUUGUCACGAUCCACGUGGAGGGAUGUUCCACCUCCAUUUAUUUUGCCUGAUAUGGCUAAUGAAAUAUAG